AAAGGAGGGCGUAAGCAGAUGAUGGAGAUACUCACACAUACUCCCCACGCUAGCUGCCUGCCUCCCCUCCCUCACCAGACACAGAGAGGUGCAUGUUGGUACUUAUAGCUGAGGAUCAUGCAGUGCUUUUGGAUCCACAGCCCGCAUAUGGCAAGGAUCUCCCUGACUCCUUCUGAUGCACUGACUGGGUGGGAGUAUCAGCCUGAGAACCCCCUCCCCUCCCAAACAGCACAAAGCCACUGACAGCAGCAGCAAGAGAGAACCCAGCCACAACGAUCACAUCAGCCCCUGGCCACCUGGGACAUGACAAGUCCUGGCUACCCUAGCAGGGCACUGGGGGAGAGGCUAGCACUGGCCUGGGGCGGAGGGCAGAGGCUUGGAGGGGGUCGGCAAGAAGGAAGCAGAGGCAGGUGGCACUGGAAGACAGCAUGGUAGGGAGAAGAUGAUGAAGAGGAGGAGGAGGAACGGGGAGGGGGGUAUCCAUCCAUCAGUGUACUGUAUAAUAUUACCAUCUGGCUAAAAGGCAGUGCACUCACCAGACUGCUCGCUGCUGGAUUUAGGAGAUCUGCAGCAUGUAUGUGUAUAUAUAGGUGUAGAAUUGCUGUAUCACUGUCACAUACGUAUAAAACAUAUUUUACCAUUGAGAUUGCCCUGUUCGGUGUAAUUGAUGCAUCUGCCCUCCUGCCCCCGGCCGAAGCACCGAUCAUGGGCUGUCUUCAGAGCAUCACCUGCAAGUCCCGCGUCAGGAGGGAGAACAUCACCGUGUAUGAUGUGUGUGCAACCAUAGACCAGUGUCCUACCUCCAUAGAGGAGAACUCACCCAUUGUCUUAAGAUACAAGACCCCCUACUUCAAAGCUUCGGCCCGUGUGGUCAUGCCACCCUUACCCAGGCAUGAGACCUGGGUGGUGGGAUGGAUACAAGCCUGCAACCAAAUGGAAUUCUUCAACAUCUACAGCGACCUGGGAAUGUCAAGCUGGGAGCUUCCUGAUUUGAGGGAAGGACGGGUAAAAGCCAUCAGUGAUUCGGACGGUGUAAGCUACCCUUGGUAUGGGAAUACCACUGAAACUGUGACUCUGAUGGGUCCUACAAGCAAAAUCUCCAGGUUCUCCGUCAGCAUGAAUGACAACUUCUACCCCAGUGUAACGUGGGCAGUGCCUGUCAGUGAAAGCAAUGUACCUUUGCUUACGAGAAUCAAAAGAGACCAAAGUUUUACAACAUGGUUGGUAGCUAUGAAUGCGAACACCAAGGAGAAGAUUAUUCUACAAACAAUUAAAUGGAGGAUGAGGGUAGAUAUUGAGGUGGAUCCAUCUCAAAUGUUGGGCAAGCGGGCCAGAUUGGUGGGUAGGACUCAGCAGGAGCAACCAAGGAUUUUAAGUCGCAUGGAGCCAAUCCCACCCAAUGCACUGGUGAAGCCUAAUGCUAAUGAUGCACAGGUGCUAAUGUGGAGGCCGAAAAGGGGACAACCUGCAAUAGUUAUUCCUCCUAAGUAGGGCUUGGAGAUGUGUGAAGAAUGAGUGAAUGAAAGCAAAAGACUAUCAAGCUACUUUUAGCUUCAAAGACAACGCAUGGGGUUUUCAAGACUAUUGAAAUUCUAAGCAGUGGUUAUUUAAUGUGUGCAUUUUUUGGAGGUGUACAAACAUUUUUUACAGUAUAUUUAUUUGAAUUAACUCAAACAAAUGGCAUUUGCCAUAAUUGUUUCAUAGUGCCUGUGGCCAAACAGAAAUAAUGCAGAUGCUCAGUUAAUGACUCUUCUGUCAGUUAAGCCCAUUUACGAGGUGCUGUUUGCAUUUCUAAAGAAUAGCUUUGGUUCAAUUCAAUUCCUAGAGAAUUACUGAGAAAUGGGUAAGAUGAUUACUGUACCAGAACAAUCAAUGAUGCUAACAAGUUUGCAACUUGUAUACUAAAGUAAGAUGUUUAAUUUGUUUUUUUUUUUAAAUGCAAUAGUUGGAAUGAAGAUGCCACCAUUCAUUAACCUUCGCAUUGCUGAAAUAUUUGAUGUUGAAUUGAGGUCAACAUCUAUAUGUUAUAAAUUCUGAUAAGUAAAAGUAUAUAUCAAAUGUAUACUACUUACUAAGUCAAUCUGAAACACUUAAAGUAAUCUGGAUAUAGCUUAAAUAUAACCGUAAGAGCAACUUUGUGUUUUGAUUUCUUAACAAUCAAAAAAGCAAUUUUUGCUUAAACUUUAAAUAAAAAAAGAGAAAAAAUAUUAAGACUGCAAUAUGUCAUCAUUAAACAUAUUCCGCAAUCUCAUUACAUUGUUUUGACUGUUGUCUGACAGCUGAGCUAACAUUUUCUCCCUGAAAAAGCUGCCUUUAAUUGAAUGUGAAAUGUAUUAUUAUUAUUAUUAUUAUUAAUAAUAAUAAUAGACAGUGUCCAAGAUGUUAUGACCUUGCUCACUUACCAUAGUUACUUGUAGCAGCAACAAAAAAGAAAGCACUUGAAUCAAAGAUGCCACAUUCAAGCAUUCAUGUUUUAUUAAUGUAUUUUAUGUGUUAACCUAUGUAGUGUAUUGUCCAAGUGUGGAUUAUUAGAUGUACACUAAAAAGGUCUACAGUGAACAGGUCUACCACUAAUGAUAUCCAAGCAUUAGCUCGACAGGGUCAAAAUGUCGACAUGGUCAAAAGGUAAACGUAGAAUAGGUAGACAGAGGGAAAGGUCAACAGUGUCAAAAGGUUAACAUGUAAAUGGUCAACACAAAAAUGGAAAACAUAAUUUUUUAUUGUUUUUUUGGGGUGUUUUGUCACUUUCUGCCACAAACAAGCCCCAUUAGUGUUCCACGUCUCCUCCCAUGCUUCAGGGCAGGUGCCUUGCUCCACUACCACUGCACUUGGCACAGGUUACUAUCCCAAUCGUAGUCCACGUGGAUGGUAAAGUAUGAAAAAGUUUAAUUUGUGUGUAUAUGUGUGUCGACCAUUGUCACAUCGACAUUUUAACCCUCUAGAUCUUUUGAACUGUCUACCUUUUGCAUGUCAACCUUUUGACCAUGUCGACCUUUUGAUGCUGUUGACCUAAUGCAUGUCUACCACUAGUGGUAGACCUAUUGACUAUAGACCUUUUUAGUGUAGAUCUAUAGUCCGGAUACCGUAUUGUCCAGUCCGUCAACAAAUAAUGAUUUAAAAGUUUUUUCAUUUGUUGUCCAAGGAGAAUAAAAUGGUCACGGAAUUCCUUUAGUACAGUAAAUAUCACAAUUAUUGUCUUUGCCCGAAGAUAAGUGACACAUUUUCCAGGACGUGUACCCCCACGUCAACAGACUCAAACAUGUUUUUGUAUAGUGUUAUUUCAAGUACUGUUUGUGUUCUAAAGUUUGCUGUGGUGCACUCCCUGGGUUGAUAUAGGCAGUAUUUUUCUGUCCGAAGAGAGAAUAUUCAUAUGUGUGGGUGAACCUUCUAUCCAGCAACACUUCCCCACUCCAAAUUAGAUGGAAUUCCCAAAAUAGAAGGAGAAAAUGAAAUAUAGUGAAGUACAGUUUAUCAGAAUUUUCUGACAAGUAGCAAUAUUGCAAGUCACAUUAACUCUGUGUCCAUCAACAACAAAUGAAUAAAUAAAAUCUAAAAUCCGCAACAAAUUGGCCGACCCGCGUACCAGAGUUGGUGGGGUGUCGGAAAUGCCCAUAUCAACCCAGGGGGCGCACCACAGCAAACUUUAGAACACAAACUGAACUAUCUUGGGAUACUGGUGACCAUCCCGGCUGGUGGAUUGCAGCACCUUUGAAUUGAAGCGCCAUCUGUACAUUUCUUUGCUUUCUGGUAUUAUUUCAAGUACUGCUACAUGUGUUGCCACUCCAUUACAGUGAAGCUAUACAAAAUCAUAACUGAAUCUGAUGAUGCGGCCACACGUUCAUCUAAACGCAUCAUUUAUCAUUUCUGGUCAACUACCAUACUCGUGUACUUUACUUUGUGACCCUUUUAUGUUCCUAGGAUAACAAAUGAAAAAACUUUUUAUAUCAAUAUUUGUUGUCAGAUUGGACAAUACACUGCAUUUAUCUGGUUAAACCUGCUCCCAGAAGGAAAUCCUUUCUUUCAAUGCAAUAUGUUGCACAGGUUGCAUGUGGCCACACAUGAGAAUUAAAAGGACUGCUUUCUAAAAUUCUAAGCACGGCAUUAACAUUUUAGAAAGCAUUAGUGUGAAUGGCAACAUUUACUCAGUUUUCAUAUUUGAAUGCUCAUUUCAGGGGUUUAUUAAUGUGAUGAAAACACAUUUAAAGCAAAUAGCGUAGGUAUGAAUGAGCCCUCCCUCAAACAGAAACACUGCACUGUAAUCCUUUACUAAGAACAGCUGUACAGAUUUAUUGUGAUUUUUUGUUUAAAGUACAUAAUUGAGCUUACACAGCUCAUUUGGUGCGGAAGUUGUUCUUUGGUGAACUCUGGAGAUAAAAAUGUUUAUAAAUAACACAUUUGCCUUUUUUAUAAUAAAUUAACAAAGCAGAUAUGCAGAAUAUUAUUUUUCAUGCAACCCUUAAUUAACUUUUCUGUUUACAGAAUGCAAUAAACAUAGCCACUUAGGAACAAAGCUCUAAGUGUUUUAUAGAAGGGUCGGUUCAAAGUCAUUGUUUUACUUAUUAAAAACACUGAGCCAACAAUAUUUGUGUAUAGUAUAACAAAAAACAAAACAAAAGUGUAAACCUGAGUAAUACUUGGCAGUGGAAGCCUUUGUGUAAUAAAAGCAUAUUUAAUAUAAAAGAAGCCAUAAAAUAAGCAGGGCUACUUUUGUUUUAAUUUUGCAUGAAUUAUCCACCUCGAGCAUAACCAGGAAACGGCUACAGAAUUUUGGAACUAUCCCCUGUAAAAAUGCAUAGCUGGAAAUCUGAACUGUUGUCAAUUAAAAAUUUGGCUCUU